CGCUGCGCCGGGGGACUGAAGAGGCGUCAUUGCCGCCGGCUUCGCCCCGGGAGCGCCGCCGGGGCGGGUGCGUGGCCGGCAGCUCCGGGACAGCCGCCGACCGGGACUGAUGUGACCACCUUCUGGCUGGAAUAUGUCAAGUUCUUAAAAGUUUCACUGUACGCCUGAGGUGGCAGUUUAUAUAAAGGAAGCACUGGGACUGUGGCCACACCCUUCAAGAAUAAAAAAAUUAGAAAAUGGAACAACCAUAUAUGUUAUGUGAUGAAGAAGAAGAGCCAGAACCACAGAAGAACAUAAAAGAAACCAAGCAAGUAGAUGAUGAAGAUGCUGAGCUAAUCUUUGUGGGGGUGGAACAUGUGAAUGAAGAUGCUGAGCUCAUCUUUGUUGGGGUGACUUCAAAUUCAAAACCAGUUGUUUCAAACAUUUUGAACAGAGUCACCCCAGGUUCAUGUUCAAGGAGAAAAAAGUAUGGCCGCCUUAGGAAAGAUGCUGCUCACAAAUUGCAGCCUACAAGUCAAGUGAUGCCUGCGUUGGGAGCAGUGACUGUCUCGCCGGCCUCUCGGUCUGGAUCAAGAUCAACAGAUAGUCCUAUUAUUAUUGAGCCUUCAUCUAAAUCUGAUUGUAAAAAUAGUUCACCACAAGUCGUGCCUAAUAGCUCUUCAGAAUUAUAUUCUCCCUUGAUUACAUGCACAAGCUCAUUGCAUCAUCCAGUAAAAAAAGCACUUUCGGUAGAAGGUAUGAGUGAAAGUCCAUGUGUAUCAAAGCGACUUUCUACUUCUGAAGAAAACGGCAUAAGUCCCAAAAGGGCUAAACUCAGGGAUGGAAUCACAGAGGGAGCUUCUUCAGCUGUGUCCCCUUCAGGUAUCUUUCAUACGGUGAAUACUCAGCAGAGUACACCCUCAGACAAUGUUCAUACCUCAUUAAGCCAUGUUCCGAAUGGAGUCCCUUUUCCAGCAGCUUUUCCAAAGGACAGUAUGCAUUGCAAGCCUAUAAAUGCAAAUCUUGCUAGGGAAGAGGCAUUGGCACAAACAGACUUUUCAACUCUAGCAAGUCAAAACCAGACCUUUGAUCCCAAGAAAGGAAAUCUGAUCAUGUUACUUAGUGACUUUUACUACGGACAGCAUAAAGGAGAUGGGACGCCAGAGCAGAAGACUCACACAACCUUUAAAUGCCUCAGCUGCAUGAAAGUGCUAAAAAAUGUUAAGUUUAUGAAUCACGUGAAGCACCAUUUGGAACUUGAGAGGCAGAGGAGCGACAGCUGGGAAAACCACACCACCUGCCAGCACUGCCACCGGCAGUUUCCCACUCCCUUCCAGCUGCAGUGUCAUAUUGAAAGUGUGCACACUGCCCAGGAGCCCGCAGCUGUCUGUAAAAUCUGUGAAUUGUCAUUUGAAACAGAUCAGGUCCUCCUGCAACACAUGAAGGACAAUCAUAAGCCUGGCGAAAUGCCCUAUGUGUGCCAGAUUUGCAAUUACAGAUCGUCGGUCUUUGCUGAUGUGGAAACACAUUUUAGAACGUGCCACGAAAACACUAAAACUUUGCUUUGUCCAUUUUGUCUCAAAAUUUUCAAAACUGCAACACCAUACAUGUGUCAUUAUAGGGGGCACUGGGAAAAGAGCGUACACCAGUGUUCUAAGUGCCGGCUACAGUUUUUAACUUUCAAGGAGAAAAUGGAGCACAAGACCCAGUGUCAUCAAAUGUUUAAGAAGCCUAAGCAACUAGAAGGAUUGCCUCCUGAAACAAAAGUUGUUAUUCAGGUGUCCCUGGAACCUCUUCGCUCAGAAUCAGUGGAAAUAGCGUCCAUUACUGUGAACACAUCUGACUCUGAACCAUCACUUCCCAUGUCUAAAAGUAGAAUUUCAAAAAAAAAACCCAUUAAUGCUACUUGCAGUAAAUCUAAAAUAUUUCAAACCAAAUAAAACUCUCCCAUAAAA